AUGAUUGUAGAUCUUGUUGGUGAUAUAUUACGACAAAAGCCAUCGUUAAGUGAAUAUGAGCAUCGUUGCUUAAUUGUUUCUGGCAUCCCUGUUGUUGGCGAUGAUCGGUUUGCUCGUCUUAAGAAUGUGCUUGGCAAGAUUUUUGGUAAAUUGAAUGCGGAUUACACUGAUUAUUAUCCUUUAGAUAACAAUAAAACUAAGGAUUAUUGUUUUGUUUUAUAUCCAACAACUGAAAUUGCUGAACAUGCCGCUGCUGUCCUUGACAAUUAUUUACUCGAUCGAAAUCACAAAUUCAGAGUCAAUCUUUUCGAUGAUAUACAUAAAUUCACUAAGAUUGAUGAAAGUUGGCAACCACCGGCUCCUCGCCCGUUCAAUGACUUGGGUGAUUUAUGGUCAUGGCUUCAAAGUGAUAAGUGUUAUGAUCAGUUAGCUAUACAUUAUGAGCGCGAAGCCAAUUUAAAAGGUAGUGGUGUUAUACCACACGUUGGAGUAUAUGAAUAUCGCAAAGGCAAAGAUCCAAUACUUAUGGAAGAGAGACAGAAUUGGACGGAAACAGUGUUCAAAUGGUCACCAUAUGGAACUUUCCUUACAAGUGUUCAUCGUAUGGGUGUGGUUUUAUGGGCUGGAGAGAAAUUUAAUCGUUUCAAUCGAUUCCAGCAUGAAAAUGUGAUGAUGGUUGACUUUUCGCCUUGUGAAAGAUUCUUAAUUACAUAUUCUCCACCAUCGGAAAAACGUUGGCGUGAUGAUCCGAAUUCUCUUCGUAUAUUUGAAAUUGAAACUGGUGAAAUGCGGCGUGGGAUGAUGUUAGACAAUACUCAGAUGUCAUCUUGGCCUUAUUUCCAAUGGUCUUUCGAUGAAAAAUAUUUUGCUUGUAUAAAGCCUGGUGGUAAUGGAAUAAGUGUCUAUGAAACCGAAAAUUUCACACUUAUGGAUAAGAAACAUGUUCAAGUUGAUGGCUUAAGAAGCUUUAAAUGGUCGCCAACGCGUCCAUAUUUGGCUUAUUAUUGUGAAGAAAGGUCGAACGAUAAUGCUCCAGCAGAAAUUGGAAUCAUGGAGUUUCCAUCAAAAAUUAAGUUGCGAGCUCAACGAAUUUUUUCUGUGUCGGAUGCAGAAUUAUUUUGGAACAAAAAUGGUGAUCGUUUAGCUGCACAUACGGAACGGUAUCAGAAAAAAAUCGUUAAAACUAGUGAAGAAGGAGAUAUAAAGUAUAUAAAACCAGCUUCUUACAUUGAAAUUUUUGAUGCCAGAGGAAAGGACGUGUCGGUUUUAACAUUGCCAUUAAACGAACCAUAUAUAGCAUUUGGUUGGGAGCCAGCAGGUGAUAGAUUCUGUCUGUUGGUUGGUUCUCAACACAAAUCAACUCCGCUUAUUUAUCAUUUGGAUCCUUCAAAACAUGUUCCACAAUUAUUAUCAAAAUUUGAAUCAGCAGACCGAUUUAGCAAUGUUUUAUGGUCUCCAGUUGGUGGGUGGUUAGUUGUAUAUUCUGCGAGUUCAUCAUCGGGCAAUAUUAUGUUCAUUGACGGCAAUGGCCCAGAACCAAGUCGCACAAAUUUAGUGGAAUACCCAGGAUUUGAUAAGGGAUCUUGGGAUCCAACUGGUCGUUUCUUCUCUGCAGCAAGUACCAUUUCUGGUGGUAAAGGUGAUAUGGGGUAUAGGAUUUACACUUUUCAAGGAAGAGAGCUUUAUCGUAAAGGGCUCGAUCGUUUAAUACAGUUCAAAUGGCGACCUAGAUUACCGAUUAAACUUAGCGAUGAUACAGUCAAGAUGAUAAGAAAAAAUUUGAAAUCAAUAUCCGCUAAAUUUGAAGAGGAGGAUAAAUUGGAACGUGGAAAAGCUACAAAGGAAGUGAGUGAAAAACGUAAGAAAAUAAUGGCAGAGUUCAAAAGAAUUGUUGUUAAUAUACAAGAACGCUAUUGUAGUGAGGAAAAGCUACGCAUGAAAUUGCGAGGAGGGUUUGAUACUUCAAGAAAAGGGUCACCUGAGUUGGUAGAAGAAACAAUUACUGUUGCGCUAUCAACAGAAAAGAUUAAAAUAAAAGAAUUAUCGACGGUUCCAGAGGAAGAAUGA